AAGGGGUUCGGAAGUCCUUCUCCGCCAAAAGUUAUGAAAUUUGUCAAAAUUCAAGCCAAAAACCACAAAAAAUCAGCUAAAAUUCAACUUCAGAUCAAUUUCUUCCACAAAACUUUGUAAUCAUGCCGAAGAAACAACCGAAAAACGCCUAUUUCUUCUUCAUGUUAGAAUUCAAGCGUCAUCAAGAAGCGAUGGGAAGACGAUUCCCGGGCGGCAUGCGCGAAGUAGCAACUGCCGCUUCAGAGCCAUGGCGUUCGGUAAGUGCCCGCGAGAAACAACGCUUCGAAAAUAUGGCAAAAGCGCACAAGGAACAGGACAAAAAGCAUGGCGAACGGUACACUUCACAGGGAAAAUCGUUGUCGGAAGUUGCUCGCGAGGAAGAGGAACGAAAAUUACGCGAAGAAAAUAAGAAAAAAACGAUUGUGAAGCUAAUUGACGACGCCGUACAAGACGAACGUCUUGUUGACACGCCUUGGUACAUUAUGAGCUUCAAUUAUUUCACAAAAGAGAUCUCACAUGUCAAAUAUUACCCGGCGGAAGUCGGAAUUACGCGUUUUUCCAUCCGCAAAGGCAUUACAAAGAAGUAUCAUUGUCUCGUGAAUCCGGGAAAACUUCCCUUGGGUCAUGCUUUUACCGCGAAAGAUCAUGGGGAGAAGACCCACAAGUUGCCCGUGCCUCCAAAUGCUUUGGGAGAGUCCGAAUUCGACACAAUUUUGGUGCAAAUUCUCGAAUUUUUCACGGAAGAACGUUCGUCGCGCGACGCAGCCUUUCCCGUGUUCGUCAAUGACCCGGAAAUGGAGAUGUGCGAGUCAAUUUUGCGUGAUUUCUGCGAAAAAAGCGAGUUGGAGUUCGAUUUGGUCAAAGUUCUGCCACUUACGUUCUUCUUCCAAAAAUUAGUAGCAGCCGUGUUCAAAGUUUACUGCGACGAAGAGUCAAAAUUCUCGUUUGCCAUCGCACAAUCGCAUCUGGAACGCGACGCCUACGACUAUCAUCGCGGCAACGGAUGCCAAUUGCACGAAGUCGACGACGUAAAUCCACAUUGCGCCUUAUCUCGACCCACAAGAUGGGCUUAUUACAUCAUCGAUCAAACCAUUGGCAUCACGGGAGGUCGCAAACGUGCCGGAUAUCACUAUCCAAAGGGUUGCAUCAUCGAUGACGACGACAACGAUAGCGAUUCUGAUGCUUCGGAAGACGAAAAACCCGAAACAAUUAUCAGCAAAACGGAAACUCGUGACAUCUACGGCGAAGGAUUGAUGACCGACACCGAACGUUUUACCGAAAUUUCCGAUAUUAAAGUUUGCAAGAAGGAAUUUAGUGAUGACGAGUUGACGACGACGGAGGUUUUGACACGCGGAAAACGUGAAAACGACACUUUGUCGACUUUUAGCUCGAAACUUGAACAAGUUCGACGUGCUAAUAAUCCGAGACCAAGAUAUGAUUACGAAACGGAUACGACAUUGGCAUCGAGAUUCGAGGAUGAACGUUCGUAUGCGAGACAAGUGAAUAUGAACAACACAAGUCGCUCGACAAAUCCAUUCCAUGAAGAUAAUUUUCCGUCUCUCGGCGAGAGUUUUGGGAAAAAAGUUCCGAAUCCGUUGAGUUAUCGGCAAUUCGAUGUCGAUUCAGAUACAAGUGAUCAGUCGGAGGAUCGUGUUAAGUUUGCAGAUCGUUUGCGUCAUACUGCAGGCGGCAGCAGCUUCCCAACGCCAAUGCCAUCAGUAUCGCGACGAACGGAUCCGCCGAAAUACGAUCCAAACCGAUAUCUCCGGGAAAAAUACGAGAAACUAAAAGCCGAAUUAGAGUUGCUCGAUCAGAAACAUCGAAAGCGAAAACUAAAAUCCGAAAAUGAAAAUGACUUUGACUAUAAGUUCAAACAAAGAAAGUCAUAGCAAACGCUUGGAAAUGCGAGCACUUGACUUGACGAACGACAACUUGAACAGCAGUUUUCUUCUUUUCUC